AUGUCGUCAGUUAAAGUUAUCGUUACCUGGAGUGGACAAAAAUUUGAAUUGGAAAUUGAAGAUGAUGAAUCGGUUGAUUCCCUUAAAGCUAAAAUGUACAGUUUGACAAAUGUAGAACCUGAUAGACAAAAACUAUUAUUUAAGGGCAAACUCUUGACGGAAUAUUCCGAUUUAAGCGCAUUGAACAUCAAAGAGGGCAGCAAAUUAAUGAUGAUGGGAACAAUUGGUGAAUUACCAACGGAACCAAAAGAAAAAACUUUAUUCUAUGAAGACAUGACAGAUAAGCAACGGGCAGAAACUUUGAAAUUACCGUCCGGUCUUGAAAAUCUUGGUAAUACUUGUUACAUGAAUGCCACCUUGCAAUGCCUGCGAGCUAUUCCAGAAUUACAAGAGUCACUCAAUAGUUUUACAGGUAGAGAAGCAGGUUCCAAUGUUUUACAAAGAAAUCUUACGGUUUCUUUGCGUGAUCUUUAUCAUCAAAUGAAUCAAACCACUGAAUCUUACUCGCCGCAAUCUUUUCUACAGGUGCUUAGAAGUGCUUUUCCUCAAUUUGCUCAACGUAAUGCUUCCGGAUUUAUGCAACAAGAUGCUGAUGAAUGUUGGUCUCAAAUCAUAUCUAGUUUGCAUCAAGCAAAUGUUAUUAUACCUAAACAAGAUUCUAAUUCAUCACCAAUAGAAGGAUCAUUUAUUGAUCGUUAUAUGAAAGGAGAAUUCACUUCAACCAUUAAAUGUCUUGAUGCUCCCGAAGAAGAGGAAGUUGUUACUAAGGAAUAUUUCUUUAAAUUAAACUGUCAUAUCAGAGUGACAACAAACUUUCUCCAAAAUGGAAUUACGGGGGCCUUAGAUGAAAAUAUUGAAAAAACUUCUCCUACAUUAGGAAGAAAUGCAACGUAUAGCAAAUCUUUACGUAUAAAUCGGUUACCUUCAUAUCUUACAGUACAAUUUGUAAGGUUUUAUUGGAAAACUGAUCGUAACAUUAAAAUUUUACGUAAAGUAAAAUUUCCAAUGGAAUUAGACGUUACAGAAUUUUGUACUGAUGAGUUAAAAAACAAAAUAUUACCUGUUAGGAACAGUUUACUUGAAUUGGAAAAAGAAAGAGCAAGUUCAAAGCGAAAAGCAAAACUUGCUGAGAAUUUUAGUAGUCAAAAUGCAACAGAUUCAACAAAUGAGACAAAUAAGGAAACUACUAAUGUAGAAGAACUUGAAAAAAUUAAAAAACUUAUUGAUCCCGAAUUAGCUAAAGAUGUUGGAGCUAACGUAUCAGGAUUAUAUGAGCUUUAUGAAUGGAUUAAAUAUGAUGAUGAUAAGGUUUCAAUAGUUACAGAAGAAGAUAUUCAAAAAUUGGAUGGAGGAGGUGAUUGGCAUAUCGCAUAUAUUUUAUUAUAUAAAUCAAAACAGAUAGCGUAA